GUUUACAUCCGCAAACGCAUUUGUGUAAUGUCUGCUUCAAGAUAUUCCCCAAUCCAGCGGCACUGGAGCGCCACACACAAAGCGAACAUACCAAAGAUGUUGCUAAUAAUAUAAUAACAACAACAACAGCACCACAAACGAUAGGAACCACUUCAGCGAUUGCAACAACAUCUGCCAACAACAAAAGCAGCAGCAACAAUAGCAACAAAAGCGAGACAGCGCCGACAAGUGGCGAUGUUACAGCAAAUAAUACAAGCCAUUCUACGAAUUGUGAUAGAACAUCACCGUACAAUGCGAAGGCAAGUGUGAAAUGUGGGUAGAAAUGAAG